CUGCGACAAACCCGUUGGCUUGGCAACAGGCAGACAGUUGACACCGUCCUUAGCCAGCUAGGAGUUGACGUUAGCUAUCAAGCUAGCACUUUUUUGUUUGAAUGUACUUGUUUGGUUUGAAUGCAUCGUUUUUAAUGGUCUGUUAAAAUGAUAGAUCCCUCGUUGAGUUCUUUAGGCGCCCACGUUGUCUUGGCUGCAUCCAGCGACGGGCGCCAUCCCCCAGAAAACAUAAUUGAUGGAAACACCGAAACUUUCUGGAUGUCCACUGGAAUGUUUCCUCAAGAGUUCAUCAUUCGCUUCGCCCAGUCGACGAAAAUGUCCCUUGUGACAAUGCAUUGUUUUAACGUCAAGAAUCUAAGAAUCGAGAAGAGCAUGUCAGAAGAUGCUACCAACUUUGAGUUUGUUGCAGAGAAAGAAUUUGAACACAUAGAAGGUAGCCUUCAAACAAAUGAUAUUCCACUCAGUGGAACCAGUGCUACAUACCUACGCUUCAUCAUCACCUCAGGAUAUGACCACUUUGUCUCAGUUCACAGAGUCAGUGUUGAAGGAUAAAUCGUUCCUCAACGUAUCAAUCAACAGUAGCUUCAAAUUAAAGUAUUUUUGUAUGUAUAUCUGACACAAUCUGCUCUGUUGUUUAUUUCAUUUUUAGUUUAUUGCAUAGAUGGACCCUUUUUUGUUGCCCUUACUUAAUGAUAAUGGCCUGAUCUGAAAUCUGGUUAUUAUGUAUAUAAUGCAUGUUGAUUGAAUUAUCUUACAAUUAAAUACGUGGGAUGGUAACUAGUGCCAAUUUUAAUAUUUUUUGCGUAAAUGCAACAUAUGGUGAAAGUGUGUGAGUUGGAAUCUGAACAGUUCUGGCAUCAAUAGAUUAUUUACCAACCAACACCAUUGUGCCAGGCACAUUUAUUGAACAGUGCCCUUGAUAAUUGCAUUAUAUUGCAAAGUGAUUUUUCCUAGAUUUGGUGAAUACACUGCAAGUGACUAUAUAACUAUAUUAUAUAAUGUGUGUUUGUGAGGUAAAUGGCAUCUCUGGUGGAUUUCCCUGGCUACUGGAACAGUAAAUUUCCUUUAUAUGUUGCAUUUCUAACCAAUUGCUGAGUAAAUGUACUACUCACAGGCUGACAAACACUCACAAAUCCCCAUACAGUUGACCUAUUUAAGUUGGUGAGUUCAGUCUGUAAGAUUCAAGUCACACUCAGCCUUGAAUUGCUUCUUGCAUAAUUGGAUGCAUCUUGUGGAACUUUCCUUAAGACUAAUAAAACUGUCAGUGCAA